AUGGAUCCUGAACGCAAAAUACCUUAUCCAUAUCAAAUAGUUCCUUACUGUAUACGGUUCUUUGGUUUAUCAUCCAAUCUAUUGGUCAAUAACGAAAAACAUGUCAUUCAUGGAAUAUCAAUUACAUUCGAAACAUUACGAAGAGAAAAUAUAACGAGUCAACAAUUAUAUUUAUUAUCUGCAUCAAUUGAUGUUGUUGAACGAUAUCAAGCAUUCCUCGAAAGUUCACAUUCAUCUUUAUCAACACAAGUAUUUAACAAUUGUUCAAAACCAUGGUUUGGUGAAUAUUGUCAAUAUUCAUUUAAUUUGACAUGGUCAUUCGACAAGAUUGUACGGAAUUAUUUCUCUGAUAUUAAGCUACAAGCUGGUAACUCAUUUACGGCCGAAACAUGUUAUACAUUCAUAGAAUGUAAUCGGGGUCCAUCACCAUCUUGUCUCGAUUGGCGUGAAAUAUGCGAUGGAAAAAUUGACUGUUUGAAUGAUGGUCGAGAUGAAAUUGAUUGUGAGAAGCUAGACUUAAAUGAAUGUGAAGAGGACGAGUUCCGUUGUAGCAAUGGAUUUUGUAUUCCGAAAGAACUUUUCAAUGAUGAUCCCUUGACUCCAGAUUGCAUCGAUCGUUCGGAUGAAAAAUAUGAUCAGAAAGAAUCUAGCAAUUUUGAUCAUCGACUAAGUAAAAUUUGUAAACGUGGAAUUCUUAUCUAUGUAAAUAAUUUCACAGAAAACUAUUGUUUAUGUCCGCCAGCCUAUUUUGGAUAUCGAUGUGAAUAUCAAAAUCAACGAGUUAGUCUCGUAUUACAGUUUCGAACAGUUGAAUGGCGAACGGUAUUCACUUUUGUUAUCAUGCUUGUUGACGAAAAUACAAAUAUUCAUUCUUCGGAACAAUAUGAUUAUGUGUCCUUACGUGAUUGUCGAAAAAAAUUCAAUUUCUAUCUUCUUUAUUCAACACAACCAAAAUAUGUCAAUCAAACUUACUAUGUACGUAUUGAUAUUUACAAUAAAGAAAAAAUGGAGUAUUAUGAUACUAUGUUCUAUCCUAUUCGAUAUUCAUUCUUACCAGUACAUCGUCUUGCACUACUAGUCGAUGUUCCUAUACGAGAUGUUGCCACCGUAUCGAAAAAAUGUCUUUUGAAAUGUUUACAUGGACAAUGUAGAUAUUUUUCAAAUUUCGAUAAAUACUUCUGCCAAUGUUUGAAUGGCUAUUCUGGAAUGUUAUGUACAAUAAAGAAUUCAUGUGAUUGUUCACCAGAUUCGAUAUAUGUUGGAAUUGUGAACAAUCGAUCGAUUUGUAUUUGUCCUCUUGAUAAAUUUGGACCACGUUGUUAUUUGAAAAGAACGGGAUGCAUCUCGAAUCUAUGUUCUAAUAGUAGUCGAUGCAUUGCUAAUGAUGAAACAUAUUCCGAAACGGAAUAUUAUUGCCUUUGUUCUCAAGGUUACAUGGGUUCAAGAUGUGAAAAUCCCGAGACAAAAAUUGAAUUUCUUUUUGCUAAAACUAUAUCGAUUCCACAAACGAUGUUUAUUUAUUUUAUCUAUAUCCCAUCAAUAUCUAAGUCAUAUUCUUCACCACCUGCUGAUCCACCACAGAUAAUCAUGGUUUCAAAAUUAAAGUUUUACGAAAGUUCUUCUUUUGUUUAUUUUGGAGGAGAAUUUCAUAUAAUUUUUGUAAAAAUUCAUCAACAUUAUUAUCUUGCUCUACUUCGACAUAAUUCUACAUUAGGAAUCAAUAUUUCUACGACAAUUAUUCCUGAACAUCGUUGUUUAUCAAUCAAAGACCUAUUCACUGAUAAUAUUCCAAUCUUGCCACGAUGGCAUCGUGCAAAACAUUAUCAUAUUCCAUGUCAAAAACAUUCAAAUUUGGUAUGUUUCUAUGAUAAUGAUUUUUUCAUGUGUCUAUGUGACAUUGAUCGAAAUGCAAAUUGUUUCAAAUUUGACUAUCGUCCUCUUUACAAAUGUUUUGGAUAUAAUUAUUGUGAAAAUGAUGGUCAAUGUCAUAUAGACAAUAGCACUUGUCCAACAUCAUCGUCAUGUUUUUGCAAAGAAUGUUAUUAUGGUAGUCGAUGUCAAUUUACUACAACAGGAUUUGGCCUAUCACUUGAUGAUAUUCUUGGUUAUAAUAUUUGGCCUAAUAUUCCUUUCUCACGACAACCGAAAGUAGCCACUCUUGAUGGUGGUGGUGGCUGGGGAACGAGGACUGUUAUCGAUACCACAAUACCAGGAAUUUCGAUUUUUGUCUAA